CCAUGGAAAAUAUAUUGCUACCUUGUCACUUGCUUUUGUCCUCCAUUCAUCCUUAGAUUGCUAGGUAAGAAAGAUGCCUCGUCUCAAUUAGCCUUUCGGGAAAAGAUCGGUCUGGUCUCCAUCAUCCUAUGCAUUAUGGGAUUUGUCGGUUUCUUGACAUUCGGAUUCACCCAAGUCGUUUGCCCUCGUCCCCCCAUGAGCUACCGUAUUGACAGUAUCAGCCAAGGGUAUGUGGUGAUCCACGGUUGGGCCUAUUUUUUGGCCUCUUGGAACGAUCACCCGCCAAUCCCAGAUCUCGGAACAGAUCCAAUGAAUCCAAUCUAUCCCCCUGUCAAUGCCAAUGGAAUGGACGCUUCCUUUCUGUUCCAAAUGCAGAACAACAAUAAAUUUUGUGCCAACAUAAUAACCGCAAAAUCAAACAUGGUUGUCGGCCAGGACAGCUCAGUCCCAACCUACUUUCCCUGUCGUCUAUUCGAUCCCCACUCCCUCGAGGUUCCAGACAGCAACACAUACUCUAACCAUUCAGGAUGCCAUCUAAGCCCCAACGCACGUUCAUUGUUUAGAGACAUGCGCACUUAUGGUGUACCGAGCAACAAUGGAAAAUUCGACAAGGCCGGUCGAGUUUACUAUGACUGGAAAGAAGUCAAUACUACAACUCACCUUUCUGUUUACAACAGCUAUGUAUUGAACCUUCAUCUGCUUACUGCACUCCCUCAAUCACUUUUUAAUGUGCCUGCUGGUGGACUUAUCGAAACUAUUCUCGGAAAUACAGCUCUUUAUGGAGGCCAGGAUAUAACUCAUCUGGUUGCAUCUCAACGUACUCCCGGAAUUGAUUGGAAAGCCGAGGCCAACUGCUUAUUAGAUAUAAUAAAGGUCGGCGAAAUCGACACACAGAGCGUGGGUUGCAUUGCUUCUGAUGUCGUGCUCUAUACUUCCUUGAUCGUCAUCCUGGGCGUUAUCAUAGUCAAGUUUGUUCUUGCAGUUGUGUUUGGCUGGUUCCUAAGUUGGAAACUGGGUAACUUUAAGGAAGGUCGGUCCUACAGCGAGCGCAUGAAGCGUGAAUUGGAAAUCGAAAACUGGACGUCUGGUAUUCAUCGCCCGGCCGAAGCAAUUCGACCCCAUUCGCCUUACGGUGCAGGCUCAUUGAGGCCCAAGAACAAAUGGAUGCCAAGUACCUCUCGCUUUACAAAACCUGAAACAGGCUCCAUGCAUUUCAAUUCCACAGACAGACCAGGAAAUGCAUCAUGGAAACAAGUAUCCAGUCAAAGCGGGUCUUUACAUCGCCAAAGCCCAACUUUGCCUUCAAGCCGAUCUUCACUUGUGUCUUCUAAUGUAACAAAUUCUACAUGCACAAUGGCCUGCCCGUUUCCUAUUUCAUCACACGCAAUACCCCAGCCAAAACGAGACUUUAUGCCAUUUGGCUUUGUUCUAGCCCACACAAUGUGUCUUGUUACAUGUUACUCUGAAGGCGUUGAUGGCUUGCGCACCACUCUAGACUCAAUUGCUACUACCGACUUUCCAAAUUCACACAAGCUCAUAGUAGUCAUUGCAGACGGAAUAAUCAAGGGUCACGGAAAUGCCUUGUCCACACCUGACAUUUGCAUUGGAAUGAUGGAAGAUUUUGUGAUUGCACCAGAAGAUGUCGAGCCUCAUGCAUAUGUGGCAAUUGCAGACGGCACAAAGCGUUACAACCAGGCCAAGGUGUACUCUGGAUAUUAUUCUUAUGACGACUCGACCGUUAAUCCCGAACACCAGCAACGGGUGCCAAUGAUCACAAUCGUGAAGUGCGGUGGGCCAUCUGAGGCAGGCGAGAAUAAGCCAGGAAACAGAGGAAAGCGAGACUCUCAGGUUAUUCUUAUGUCCUUCCUUCAAAAGGUUAUGUUUGAUGAACGGAUGACAAUGUUGGAAUACGAGAUUUUUAAGAUGAUCUGGCGUGCAACUGGUGUGAGCCCUGACAAGUACGAAAUUGUUCUCAUGGUUGACGCAGAUACAAAGGUUUAUCCAGAUGCCCUUUCACGUCUAGUGAGCUGCAUGGUUAAUGAUCCUGAGAUAAUGGGUCUCUGUGGAGAGACAAAGAUUGGCAACAAAUCUGACAGCUGGGUAUCCAUGAUCCAAGUGUUUGAAUAUUAUAUCUCUCAUCAUCAAAGCAAGGCAUUUGAAUCAAUUUUCGGAAACGUAACUUGUCUGCCCGGGUGUUUUUGUAUGUAUCGUAUAAAGGCCCCCAAAGGCAACAACGGGCAUUGGGUACCGAUUCUGGCCAACCCAGACAUUAUCGAACAUUACUCUGAAAAUGUUGUCGAUACUCUCCACAAGAAAAACCUGUUACUGUUAGGAGAAGAUCGUUACCUAUCCACCCUAAUGCUACGUACUUUCCCGCGUCGUAAGAUGCUGUUUGUUCCUCAGGCAGUCUGUAAAACAGUCGUACCCGACUCCUUCCGAGUACUGCUGUCUCAGCGUCGUCGCUGGAUCAAUUCUACUAUUCACAACCUGAUGGAGCUGGUGUUUGUUCGCAAUCUGUGCGGUACCUUUUGCUUCUCGAUGCAAUUUGUCGUGUUUAUGGAGCUUGUGGGAACACUUGCUCUCCCAGCCGCAAUUUCAUUUACCUUGUAUCUGAUUGUACUCGCCAUAAUCGGACAACCCGCAGUUCUAUCCCUAAUUCUACUGGCGCUCAUUCUGGGUUUGCCGGCUGUGCUGAUCAUGAUGACUAGCCGUAAGAUGGUAUAUGUAGGCUGGAUGAUGAUCUACCUAGUCAGUCUACCGAUUUGGAACUUUGUAUUACCAACAUACGCCUACUGGCAUUUUGAUGACUUUUCUUGGGGUGAGACGCGCAAAGUAGAAGGCGAAGGAAAAGAGAAUCAUGGCGACAAACAAGGCGAGUUUGAUAGUUCCAAGAUCGUGAUGAAGAAAUGGCACAUGUACGCACGCGAA